UUCAUUCCUCAACUCUCUGCAUCAGCUCUCUCUGUUUCUCAUCAAUGACACCCCCCCUGUUUUCAUCCCUUCUCCCCAUCUAACUCCCAUAUUCUUCUACCGCACCGUUAUCGACAUAUAUUCUCUUCCUCGCCUUUCUUCUUCUAUCAUCACUGUCAAGCGAAGAGCACUCACAAAAGAUCUCUCAAAUCUCAUCCUCCCAUUUUCUUCUCCUUCUUUUCACCCUUCCCCAAGACACGCAUCUAUCCUGUCGGCUACCGUCGGGGCCGGCCGAAAUCCAGCGCACGAAUCUCCUCUGCUUUCAUUCGUCGCGAACGGAAGUCACGCAAUCCCUCCGUUAUCUGCCAGUCGCCGGAGGCUUUCUCUGCUUCCUACUUAGUUGCCAACUCUUGACCAUUGUCACUAUUCUCCCUCAAACCCUAGCUUCUCCGGUCUUCAAUUUCAUUGUUGCAUCUCAGUCUCUGUAAUUUCUAUAUCCACUGUCGUCUUCGAUGUUCGGCAGCGGUAACAACAGCGUGUCGAUUUCAGUAUCGGAGGAUGACAUUGACGAACUCAGUCGAGCGCGUGCUCGGGUUCGUAGAAAGCGCAAGAAACCUAGUCAUCAAUUGAACAAUGGAUUCCCUCGUCAACUUCUGAGGUUCCUCCUCAGAUACUGGACGGUCUUGAUCAUCCUUCUUGCUGCUGGAUUAUUGUUAUUUGAGGCCACAAGGAUUAGCAGGAAACCCGGUCCAAUAUUGAAGGAGCCUCAUCUUAUGGAGAAAUCGAAAUCUAAUACAGUGACAAAGCCGAGUACAAAUAAGAAAACGGAAAACAAUUUGAAUCGGUUAGAUCCAACUACUCGGGUCAUUGGCGGCGUAAGAGAACGUUGCUUGAAGCUCAUCUCUCCUGAAGAACUUGAGCAUCUGGAAAUUCCUGUUGGUGAAGAAGCCAGUAGUAUUGUUAAAAAACUCGAAUACAUAUCAGAAAAUGACACAUCCUAUGUGGCAGAGAACACAAUCCUUUCUCGACACAGCAGUAAUAGUACAAGAUUUAACUUAUUUACAGGAAACCAAACUCUCGAUCAGAGAGAGAAAAGUUUUAAGGUGGGUGAGACAGUCCCGGUACAUUGUGGCUUUUACAGUAAAAAUGGAGGGUUUAGACUUUCAGAUGAGGAUAAAAGUUUUAUGGAAAGAUGCAAAGUUGUGGUGUCUACUUGUGCAUUUGGAGGUGGAGACGACCUUUACCAACCUAUUGGAAUGGUAGAGGCAUCACUUCGAAAGGUUUGUUAUGUUGCAUUUUGGGAUGAAAUUACUCUUGCAACGCAGGAGUCACAGGGGAAUAAAAUUGGUGAUGACAAAUUUAUAGGGAAAUGGCGUAUUGUAGUUGUACGUGAUCUCCCAUUUGUGGACCAAAGAUUAAAUGGUAAAAUCCCAAAGAUGUUGGCCCAUCGUCUCUUCCCAAACGCAAAGUAUUCCAUUUGGGUGGAUUCAAAAUCUCAAUUUAGGAGGGACCCUUUAGGAGUGCUAGAGGCUCUUCUUUGGCAAUCAAAUUCUGUGAUUGCAAUAUCUGAGCAUGGAGCUCGGAGCAGUGUGUAUGAUGACCAAAGCUGUUGUCAAGAAGCACAAGCUACCCAGGAAGAGGUUGAUGUACAAUUGACUCAAUAUCGCCAUGAAUUUCCGGAGGAUAAGAGAUUUAAUGGAAAGAAAGCUUUAUCUGAGGCUUCUGUUAUUGUGAGGGAACAUACACCAUUGACUAAUUUACUGAUGUGCCUCUGGUUCAAUGAGGUGGUUCGAUUCACUUCUCGGGAUCAGUUAAGCUUUCCAUAUGUUCUAUGGCGACUGAAAGUUCUCAAGCAUAUCAAUAUGUUCCCUGUUUGCACCCGCAAAGAUCUUGUUAAUAGCAUGGGCCAUAUUCGCAAAGCUAAGCCUUUGAUAAGUUGACGAUAGGGCUCUGGUACCACUUCAUAAUUUCUUUUUCAGAAGUGGAGGAGAUAUUUUUAUCAUCUGAUGCUAUAUGUUUAAAUUAGUGUAAAUUUGUCUCCUGGUAUUCCUUUUUCUUCUCUCCCUGUCACAUUAUAUUCUCCCCUCCUCACUUUCUUCUGUUAAAUUCUUUAUUCUUUGGGUCUGCAAAAUUGGUAGACCAUCUAUUGAAUCCGGCAUUUCGAUUUGAAGGAUUCCAUUGGGUGUUUUUUGUCUAUUUAGUCAGAAUCCAUCUCAUGCGGUUGGUAAUAUUCUUGUGAUAUCUUUAUUUAAAAAAAAGAUUCUUGUGAUCUUAUUGUAAUUUUUAUAUUGAAAGCACAUACUUAAUAUAUACCUAGUAGAGAUAUCUGGUCUCAUGACUUUUCUUCUGGAUUCUGUGACCAGAAGUAGAAGAUACAUGGCUCUAGACUCCUUUUGGUUUGGAUUCAUUCAAGAACAUUUUGAUAAAGGAGUUUGUAUUGUGACUAGUGUUGCUUGACUUUAAGGUGUUCUACUGUUGACAUCAGUUGAAUUGAUGUUGAAGGAUGGGGAAAUGGUCAAGGACAUACAUUAUUUCAUACACUGGUCAAGCAGAUUGCAGGUGCAGUGCACUGCAAAAUGGGAGGCAAAUUGGAGAGAUGUGAUUGUUAUGCGUCAGGUAGUGGAUGCUUAUCCUGUUACCACAUUCAGUGUUCUUCGUCAGCUUAGUUGUAAGCUGAAGUAGAGUGGUGGACCUUCACAAAAAUAUGUAGCAGGAAGAAUGAAAA